AUGCUGCGGCCAGAGGCCCUGGCAGCGAUGCCAGCGAAGGAGUAUCUGAAGCAUUUUCACCUGGAUUUCUACCUGUCGGAGGCCUUCCGUCGCUGUGCGAAGAGCGAAACGAGCUCUGCAGAAGCCUUGGAAAACUUCUGGCAGGCAAUCCUGGAAGGGAGCCACCUACAGCCAAGUGACUUCACGCAAUAUAGGACGAUAAAUGCCACCCCGGAAAAUCGGCGGGCCUUUGUCCAGCGCUUCCGGAAUCAACUUGGUCAAGUCACUCGAGACCUGAGUGUGAUUGCCCUUACGGUGCUAGAUUUCCGCGAUAUGAUUGUCAUGGUGUGCCCAGACUUUCCGCUGGACUUGAUCACCGAUGCCGCAGAGUUCACACAGCAUGCGGACACACAAAGCCAUCGCUUCCUGGGUGAAAGGUCGCCGGUGGCUUCGCGACAAGGUGACACUCGAAGUGGGAGCCCCAACGGAGCAGACCUUGUCCUGUUUCCGCUGCAGGGGCUCCAGCAGGCUGUGGAGUUCCGAUUCGUCUACUCGGAGGUCUUCCGAUCCGUGAAGGACUUCUACAAAAGACAGGGGCUGCCAGGCGACUUCGGUGUGGGCACCAUGGCCAGCCGCAUCUCAUUGGUGAG